AUGGACGAGCGGGUGGAGGUGCUUCCCGUGGGCGGGGAGCCCAGCGGAGGGGCCGGCGGGGGCGGCGACGGUGAUGAGGCGGUGUUCCUGAAAGGGAUCGGCCUCUCCGUGUAUCAGAACUCCGGGGACACGUCGAGCAACUGGGCGACGUUCGUCAAGAAGAAGGGCGUGUUUGGGGGGUAUCGCGUGAAGAACGCGGAGCAGAUCACCACUUCCUGCGACUUUUGGAACAGAUAUGAGGAAGACAUAGGGCUUGCCAAAGAGUUUGGAAUCAAUACUUUUCGGCUUUCUAUCGAGUGGGCGAGGCUGGAGCCCAAUCGCGGGCAAAUAGACAUGGAGGCUGUUCAGAGGUACCAUCAAAUCCUUGCAUGCCUUGAGCAAAACAACAUGGUCCCCAUGGCCACAUUACACCACUUCACGCAUCCACAGUGGUUUGAGGAACUAGGCGGGUUCACAAAAGAGGAGAACAUCCCAUUGUUUGUGGAGUAUGCCAAGAAAGCUUUCACAUGGUUUGGACCAAAGAUUCGGCUGUGGGGAACAUUCAAUGAGCCAACAUGUUUCAGUUUCUGUGGCUACAUCAUUGGCCUUUGGUGCCCUGGUUCCAGACUGAUGUUCCGGCAAGCUGGGGUGUGCUUGCUGAACCUAUUGAGGUGUCACACUGAGACGUACAGAGCCAUCAAGGCCUUGCCUGGGGGAGAGCAGGCAAGGGUUGGGCUGGUUCAUCAGUUCAUGUUAUUUGAACCAAGGAACACCGGCAUAGCUGCAACGCACAUUAGGCCUGUGACAUCCUGGAUGACAUUCUGGUUUGGAACGGACGUGCUGAUGAAUUACAUGCUGAGUGGGGAUUUCAUCUGGAAGUCGCCCUUCAAGGGUAUCACUGUGGAAGCUCAUGAUGGAAGACCACCGUUGGAUUGGUUUGGGAUAAACUAUUAUUCCAGGCUCACAAUCAACUGGAAGUUUGGAGUGGGUGGGACAUCCGGGGAGCAGAUAUCCGAUACAGGAUUUCCCAUCCAUCCAGGGGGUAUGUACAGGUCCAUCAAGUUGGCGGGUGAGCUCGAUGUCCCAAUCUACAUCACAGAGUGGGGCAUGGCAGACUCCAGGGAUGACAGGCGGCAUUACUUGAUAGGAGCGUACUUCAACCAGAUCAUGAAAGCAAUAUCUGACGGCUACCCAGUCCGGGGCAUCUACUACUGGACGCUCAUGGACAACAUCGAGUGGCACGAGGGGUUCCACAUCAAGUAUGGCUUGUACGAGUGGAGCCCUGGUGGGAACGGUGAUCGCAAGCUGCGUGAGCACAGCAAGGUGUUAAAGACGCUCUAUGCUGCACUACCCACCACUGUUGCGGAGGUCAAGACGAUGGCGACGACCCACAGGCAGGCGCCCGUUGUGAGCGCCCCUGAAGGGGUAGAUCCCCAACCAGUGAGUGCUGAAGCCAAGCCUGUGUGA